CUCAGUCUAGGCCUAGUCCUGCCUUCGAUGUAAAUUUGGAAUGAUAACACAAGGAAUUGGAACGAUUUGGACAAAAUCGACACCUUAUGAAGCUACAAUUUUGCAAAGAAUCAGCUGACAAUGAUUUUGUGUUCAUAACUGUGCAAUAUUAACCGCUCGAAUUGCCAUACGCAGGUUGUGAUGGCAUUUUUGUGCACGUCUUCUGAAAGAAUCUGACAGAAGCUCUCUGUUGAACUCUUGACAUCUCCCCAUUUCCUGGGGGUCGGGUCGUACGUACAUCUCAAAUUUCACUCGGGACCGCUUGCGUGUCUCCCAGACCGUCGUCAUGUCGAGAGGAACCAUGUAUUCUACCGCCUGUGCCGACUGCGGUGCAUCAGAUCCAGUGUGGGCGUCCAUCAACCGGGGAGUGUUGAUAUGUGAUGAGUGCUGUAGUGUACAUCGCAGCCUGGGACGUCACAUUUCACAAGUCAAGUCUCUCAAGAAAGGGCAGUGGAGCCCGACACAGCAUGCUAUGGUAUAUCAACUUGCAAAGCAGGGAGCCAAUAAUAUAUGGGAACAUGCACUGUUGGACCCAUCACAGAACAAACAUGGCCGUCGGAAACCCAACCCCAGAGAACCAUUACACCCCAACAAAUCUGACUUCAUACGUGCCAAAUACCAGUUCUUGUCAUUUGUUAACAAGCAUAAAGACAGCGACAUCAGCUCCAUUGAUGAUGUCAGCAAAGAGUUGCAUUCGAGUGUUCGAACAAAUAAUGUGGAGACGUGUCUCAGACUGUUAUCAAAAGGAGCGGAUCCUAACUAUUUUCACUUGGAGAAGGGUAACUGCCCCCUCCACAUAGCAGCUCAGGCGAACCAGGCCUCCCAGGUGGAGCUGCUGGUGGUGUACGGAGCUGACCCCGGGGCGCUGGACCUGGGCGGGAAGACACCCAUUGAUUACGCCAGAGCUGAAGGUCACAAUGAUCUUGCAGACCGACUAGUCGAGAUUCAGUAUGAACUGACGGAUAGAUUAGCUUUUUAUGUGUGCGGAAAGAAACCAGGACCAACUCUGGCCCAGGGACCAGCGCCGGGAAGCAGUGACGGCUUGAGACAAUCGCACGACUGGGACCUCCCGCCUCCAGUCGUUCCGAUUUACAACACUCCGCCAAACUUGUUCAGAUAUAGCUCACUGAUGCAAACGUUAUUUCAUAGGCACGAUAAGAAACUAUACAACUUGUUGUUUUCUCCUGCAGUUUGGCUGGCGACGCAUGACAACACAACAUUACUAAGUGACAGACAAACUGUGCCAUUUCUACCUGUGAACCCUGACCUCUCCACAACACGAAAUCAGGGAAGACAAAAACUAGCUCGUUUCAAUGCCAGGGAGUUUGCCACGUUGAUCAUAGACAUCUUGAAUGAUGCUCGGCGGAGACAGACAGGAAUUGCCUCCCCUGUUCACACUCCCAAAGAACCAGACAAGUACCUACAUGCCCGCCUAUCGAAAGGAGUUAGCGCGUUCAGUGACGACGAGCCUCUGUACGACAGCGUGGCAUCGGACGAGGACUACAGCAGUAUUGAUACUAUAAGCAUUAAGAGUAUGCGAGAGGAGAUGAGGAGAGAUAAGCCAGCCGAUAGCACCACAUCUAUAUUAUGUAGAGGCACAGAACGUGACGGAGGCACCGUGGCGGCCGGCCAGUACCUGACUGCACUAAUUGACAGCUUGAUUAAGGAGAACAGUGCCCUAAAGAGCAUCAACAUGCAACGGAGGAACGAAGCUCAGGUUUUGCAGAACGGCUACGAGGCCAGCAAGGGGAGUAACUCUGGUAACCCCGAAUAUGACUCACUGGAUGAGAAAGUGCCACAACGGCCUGUGCGGGAUAUGCGACCACAGUCAAUGUUUGAGCCCAGAACCUCAUUACAAAAGAGUCAGUCAAGAGAAGAUCAACUCCAAACCUGUCUGUCUGAAGCCAACAUCCGUUAUGAUGGAGAGAGGCUGGGUGACAUGGAGCUGUCAUUACCGAGUGAACCUAUUGAUCCAGAUGUCGCUAACGCCAACAUCGUCCCAGAUCCCGACUAUGAUAUGCCAAAUGAUGAGGAUGUAGCUUGUGCCUCCUCCCGACCGUGUUCCGAGAUGACCGAUUCCAUGUCGUCACAAGGUGCCACACCAAAAGCUACAGCAUUCGCUUCAGUCACACUGUCGAAGGAAGAUCUGUCCGAACUUCCAUCGCAGGAAGAUGUUGUAAAGAAGACAGAAAAAAUAACCAAGAAAAUCCAGGAAUUAUUAUUAACAGCGCAAGCAAACAAUUCCGAGUGCUAUGGACCAUGCUCUGAGAAGAUAUAUUCUGCUGUUGUGGACAUGGCGGAACUAUUUCCACAGCCUGUGAGGCCUGACACAGUGAAUGCAGCCUUACAACUCCUCACCAUGAGUGCCGCUCGGCUUCAGGAAGAGUGCCGGAAGUGCGCUCAGCAAGAUCAGGACUCGGAAGUGGAGGCAGCUCACAAAACACAGCUAAUCAUACAGUUCGCAUAUGACAUUGCUAAAGCGGCUAAACAACUGGUGACACUCUUUCAGUGAGACAUGCACACAGACUUGGUUUUUGGCCUCUGUUGAAUAGAUGACUAUCACCCAGGUUGAUUUCUCAAAGCUACACGAAACUGGACUUGCAACUUGUAAAAUGGCAUGCAUGACUUGUUAGUGAGGUACCUAUUGUGCGACUUGUGAUAGAGGUAGAGACUGAAGGUGCAUGGUGAGACUGGUGGAUUUAGCGAGCUGGUGUUCAUCAGGAUGUAAGGCAUCCUUUCUACCGAGCAUGAUGAGUUCCAGAUGGACAGCAUGGUACAUCCAUCUCACCCAGUGAUAUGCAUGAAGGUUUUGAUGGACAGGACUCUGGAGGUCACAUUUGUGCACAGUUGAGUGUCAUGCACAAUUACUUGACUGUCAUGAGUACCAUUGGCAGAUUUUAGAAUCCUACAUUGCAUGCAGAGGACUUUGUUGCUUUCAUCAGUUUCAUGUGUGGUGAUACACAACGUUGAGAAUUCACGUCAUGUCAUUGAAGCAUUCUACAUUACUAACACCAGCUGACAGUUAAACUGCAUUAUGUUGUCCAGUUUAGCUGCGUGACAUAUGAGAAGGUUUGGUCGGAAAUUGAUGAGAAAAUUGCUUGUUUGUGGAUACUCCUCAACCUGGAGAUACCAUUCAUUAAUCUCUGAUCCACCUGUUCAAAGUUUCUGGGUUCAUUUACAGUCCAAAGAAGUCACCUUUUCUUGUAUGACAAGCUGCACUAUAGAACGAUAUACAAUGCGUUGUGUAAAGUGCACAUAUCAACAUUCUUAGCGUUCAUAGAAAAUGAUCAAAUGAAGUUGCAAACAAUGGUGUAAUUUGAAAUUCUGUAUCAUGCUGAAGUCCAUUUCUGGACCGAAAUAGCCAGUUAAGAUAUGUUGCUCAAUUCUAUUUUCUUAAACAAUUCCAUGGUAAACCUAAUAAAGAAACAUUAGCUUAAACAUACCAGUCAAUUU